CCGUCUUACACAUAUUCACUUGGCGGUUUGUUUGGUUGGGUUUUUUUCUCUCUCUCCUUUUUUUCUUCCCAUACUUCUGGACUGGCACUGGCGAGGGAUGGCACAUUUUAAAGCAGCGGUGACGUGUAUUACACCCAAGAAGCCUUGAGCCCACUCAUAACAUCCACAUUCAUGCACAUGCCCGUUCUGCCACAUACGAGGAAUGAAGUGAGAGGGCAGAGUCGACCACAGGACAGAGACAUUUCUCCUGCUGAGCUGGAUGCUCUGUGGAGGGAACCACCAUAUACUCUUGGGGGAACAAAUGAGCACUUCUCUGGAAAUGAUAUCAUGACUCAAGGUGUGGAAGAGGGAUCAGGGGUGGAGUCGGCGGAAGGAGAGGCUGAGCCGGAUAGCUACUGGAAGAGGAAGGAAGCGUUCCUCAGAGGAAGCACCGUGGGGGUGGGAGAGAAAUUCUCCUCAGAAAUUGUGCUGGUGUUCAGUGGACGCAGGCGAUCUGCUGUGGUUCCUGACUGUGCCCUACAGGAGGCGUUGCGCACACGUCUCAGGGUGGUGGAGAGCAACAGCCAGGAUGUCAUCCAGCUCUUCAAAGACUUGUCCGCCCGGCUGGUGUCAGUCCACGCUGAGAAAGACAGCUUUGUACUUAACUUCAGGACUGUGGAAGAGAUCUGGAGGUUUUCCACCUACCUAGCAUUAGGCUACGUGGCUCGGUGCUUGGAGAAUUUUUUGUGUGACCAGUCCUUCUGGCUGGAGCCAGAAUUGCUCAGUGAUCUGGAGAUCAAAGUGACAGUGGAUGAGGAACAUCUAGCCACCCUCUACUUGGGGCUGCUGCUCCAAGAAGGCGCCUUUUUUGCAAAGGCACUCCACACCAGAACUGAUUACACUGAUGAUGAAGAUGAGCUGUUGUUCAAGAAGAAUGACUUGCUGAUGGUUAGAGACACAGGCCAGGACCACAUGUGGGAGGGCACCCUGCUCUCCACCGGGGACCACGGCUUGGUGCCAGUCAAUGCUAUGCAACCACUGCCAUACCCAUUCUACCAAUGGUUUCUGAGGAAUUACCCAGGCUUUGCAGGAUGCUCGCUCCCAGAAAAGGAUCAGUCUGAACACCCAAUUGUGACGGGGUCUUGUGUGGCAGUGGUUGACUACAGUCCAGUGGGGCGAGAGGAACUCCAGCUGAGUCAGGGAGACAUUAUAAAGAUUCAGGGACUGCUGGUUCGAGGCUUGGAAAUGUUCAUCGGGACCCACACCUCUACAGGCCACACUGGCUUUGUGCACAAGGCUCAUGUCAAGCUUGUGGAUGCCAUACCCCUUGAUGGACAAUUGGUCUUUCUGACAGAGGAGGAGAGGGCAGCGCUGGCUCAGGUUAACCCCUGUAGUGCUGAACCGAAUGACAGCAGCUUGCUGGAGAGACUGUUUUACUCUGACAUCAGCUCAGUUUACAGGCUAGACCGACGGGAUGAGUCUGACUUCAUGUACAUCAGGAACUAUCCAAAGCAAGAUCAUAAGGCUCCUGCCAGCACUCGCCAGAGCCUCGUUUCAGAGAAAAGUGGCGGGACGCCCCCGUACCAGUCGUCUCCUUGCCCUUCUCUCUCACACUCCUCUCCUCGUCCAUCUGUCUAUCAAUCCCACAACCCCUUGUGGCGUGACGGAGAGCCGCUGUCCUUCACUCUCGAUGAUACAUUCAGAGAGCUGAAUGAGUUUCAGGAAGAUCCAUCUAUCUUCUUGGAGGAGAACAGCUGGGAAGGGGAUGAAUACGAGCUAAGCGACCCCACGCUAAUCCUGCUGAACCAAAACCACUUCAAGGAGGACUUCCUCCCGCUGUAUGACCUGCAACAUUCCUUCCUGUGGGUGACCUUUCAUGAUAAGGGGGAGGAUGAACUCCUGGGGCACCUUGAGAACGUCAGAGAGGUUGCCAAGAGAACCGGAAUGCACUGGGCACAUCGUCGGGCAUGCUUUCUCUUGGGAAGACUCUGUGCUAGGAAGUUAAAAUACUCCCAGGCCCGUGUGUAUUAUGAGGAAGCUCUAAGUGUCUGUGUGGAUGGAUUCUCUGACAUGCUCCUCCUCAUCGCUCUCUACACAAACCUCACGGCUGUCUACUUGAAGCAGCGUAUGACAGACAAGCUGCCCCAGAUCUUGGAGAAAGCCAGUACCCUUCUCCUGUGUUUCCCCAGCCAUGAAUUCACUUCCCUGAAUGAGAUUGAGUUGCUCAAGUUGCUCUUGAGGAGAUCGGUGGUUGAGGGCAACAAACACUUGGAAGCCCGCGUCUGUUAUCUCAUUUCCAGCCUCUUUCUCCUCCUUAGGAAAACAGAUGAUGCCCUACCAUUUGUUGAGCGGCUCCAGUUCCUCUCUGGGACUCUAUGUGCCACACAGGGGCAGCCCAUCGCUCCUUUAGACCUUAACUGGCUCCUGAGCCAGCUCUACCAUCGUAAAUACAUGCCUUACUUGGUCCUGGCAUCUCUAAGUCUGGACUCAAGACAGGACCACUCCCUCAGUGAUGCUUUCAAAAGACUGGAGCUCUUUGUUAAGAACUCUGUUCGUUUGAAUCCACACUGGAAGGAGGGAACCUCUCUGCUCCCUGCCCAGAUUGUUGUCUAUCUUCAGCAGGCUCUUGCAAUUGCUGAACAGGGGGAAGACCUAAAGACCCAGAGGGACCUGUGUCUGGGCUUAGCUUCAGUUUACCUGCAGUAUGGGGCUCUGCAAAAAGGAGUGUGUUGUGCUCAACAGGCUGUGGAAACAGGGAGCUAUAUCAACGAGGAGGAGAGCUUUGAGGCCUCUGUGCUACUAGGGUGGAUGUUGGUGUUGACUGGUCAGGCUGAGAAAGCCCAGAAAAUUUUACAGCCAUUGCUUACAUCACUCCAGGGCACGGACAGUCCCACUCAGCGGGGAGUUAUCCACAACCUCUUAGCCUUGUGUUUAAGAACGCAGCAUCACAUCCGAGAGGCAGGCUGGCACCUCCACUGUGCCCUGAGGAUCUCCAGGGAGAGCGGCAAUCAAAGAAACCAGGCCUUGGCACUGGCCAACCUGGGCUGCCUGACACUGGAUGUGGGGGCAUCCAGGUUGGCGGAACGCUUCCUGGUCAGAUCCAUACGCAUUUUUAUGGAGCUCUGGGAGAGUCCAACGGAUGAGGAGCAUGUUCAGGCCUACCUAUGGCUGGGUCAGAGCUACAAAGACAGGGGGAGGAGAAAUGAAGUCAGGGCGUGUUAUGAAAUGGGGCUGCUGAUUGCUUUACAUGCUAGAAACUUGCAUAGCCAGAUGGUUGUGGCCAAGGUGCUUAGUCGUCUGUAUGCAGACCUGCUGCUGUAUGGUCAGAGUAUCAUUUACUAUGAACACUGUGUAGCAGUGUCCAGGGAGCUUAAAGACAAGAGACUAGAGGGAGAGUAUCUGGAGAUCCUCAGCAGCCUCUACCUCUCGCUGAACACUGAUAAGUCAUCUCGUAAAUCUCUCGACUACACCAAGCAGAGCCUGAGGAUUUCCAUUGACCUCGGCAAGAGGGAGGAGGAGUCGGAGACCUGGCUACAGGUGGGACGCAUCUAUUACCUCAUCCAAGAGGACGAGCUAGCUGACAUGUACCUUCAGGCAGCAGUGAAGACAGCUCUGAGGAUGAAUGAUCCUCGGUUUGCCAUGAGCAUCUAUGAGGAGGCAGGAGACGUCUUCUUCAAAGGUCACAGGAACCGAAUGGCCUCACUUCCCUACUACAGGGAUGGCAGUCUGCCAUUUGCACGCAGCAUCGGCGACAUCCAUUCGGAGUUUCGCCUGCUGAGUAAACUGACAGAACUGUUGAUGGUGCAAGGCGAGCAGGAGGAGGCUCUGCAGUACGCCACACUGGCUGUUCAGAUUGGCAGCAAAACGGGUGUGUUUGUGAAUGAGAGGAUAGCCUACCACCGCCUGGCUACAGUCUACUACCGCCUCCAGCAGUAUGAGAUGGCAGAAAACUACUACCUCAAGUCUCUUUCUCUCUGCCCUGCAGUGCUGGAGCACCCCAUGGAGUGUCGCUACUACACCAAGGUCUACAGCAGACUUGGCAACCUCACUCUACAUAAACUCAAGGAUGCCUUCGAUGCAGUGGGCUAUUUUCAGUUGGCGCUGGCAGCUGCCCUUGAGGACCACGCUAACCCCAAGGCUUUGUAUAUUUUAUACAUGAAACUGGCAGAGAUCUAUGCCAACCACAUGCCCGAUACCCAGCUGUGUCAAACAUACAGACACAGAGCCCACAGCUUAACGAGGGUUCUGGCAGGAGAGGAAGACCCUGACAGGGAAGAGGAAGAGAGGAGAGACCCAGACACAGAGCCUGGACAAAACCAGGAGGACAUUUUAAAGUCUGACAGCUGCACAGACAGCUGUCAUGCAGUGUCUUCUUCCAUGAUGACAAAAGAGAUGAAGAGUAUCUGUAGAGAUGAGCACAUAUCUGGAACUGAAGAUGAGAACUGUGUAGAAGACUCAAUUGCAGGCACUUUGAGGAUUCAUAUGGACACAGAGGAAGAAUGUACAGACUCUGCAGUUGAGGAUGCUAACAGGAAACAUGGACACAAUAAUUCUGGUGGUCCCAUUAUGGAUGACCCUUGUAUAGACGCCACUAUGACUGAAACGGAAAUAAUUAGCUGUCAGUCAUGCAUUGACAGCAUGACUGAGUCUUUUGUUACAGCUCGAGAACAGUUCACCUGUGACUCCACUGACACUUUACAAACUGACUUGGAUAAAAUAGACGAAAAACCAGAGAACAGUGUUGCGUCAGACCUUGACACCGAAGCGAGUGGGCCCAGUGAAACUGUGUUCUUACCUGUUGGUAACACCUUUGCUGACUUUACCAGUGAAGGUGGAGGACACACAGGCACCCAAAACACAGAAAUUGAUAUUCCCCAAGACAAAAAUAUCCCACCUGAAGAAACAGAUGUAGAUGUUGGUCUCAAAGAUAAUUCUAACACUGGUCAGAUAGAAACUGUUGAAAUGGAUGAUGAUAAAGCUGACAAUGUGUUAUGUGCUUGCUACCACACCGAGAGAGGCAAGUCUGAAACUGCUGAUGCAGAGAGUGAACACAUUGACCUGGACCGCAUCUGCACAUAACAUCUGCAUGUAAGCUUCAGAGUACAAAUUAUGUUCCUCGAUUAUGUUUUGAAGUGUCCCUUGACCAUAAAACUGUAACGUUCCAUGAUGUGCUUAUUGAGAGAAAGAUAUUGCAGACACUUUUCUUAAUGUACACUUUUCAGAGAUUAGGUAACAUUGAGACAUGUACCUUUUUUAUAAUGUUUGCACUCUGCAUAUUACAGAGGUCAUCAAGCUUGUAAUAUACGUUAUGUUUUGUAAAUACAUAUUUUGUAUAUCAAUGAGAG